ACAACAGACCGUAGAGAGUUAGUACUCAAGUUUUUAAAAAGCACAUUAUCAACUUUAUCAGAGAAAACAACCAUGGAUGAACCGAUGAACAGCUACCAGCCGGUGCAAACAACUGAUAAAGAAAAUGAACGAAGGGAUAGGAAGAAGCACUGUGAUCACGACGAUGAGGUACCAGGCAAAGAAGCCCUAACGACCGAUGAGAAGUGUUGCUGCAGUUGCCUCCAAAGCCUCGACUCUCCGUACUUGUUUGUCUUCUGGUUGAGUUUGGUUUGCUUUGUGUUAUCAGCUUCAUUUUCGGCAACCGGGGGAGGCAUUUUGAGCACAAUCGAGAAGCGCUUCCAGCUCAAGACCUCUCAGAUGGCACCCUUUAUAAUCUGCAAUGACAUAGCCAGCAUAGUGUUAGUGUUGUUCGUGGCGCAUUUCGGGCACAAGAGUCACCGACCGCGUUUCAUCGGGGUUGGCGGCGUUAUUAUCGGCGUAGGAUUUCUGCUUUGCGCGCUACCGCAAUUUAUCUACGAGACACCUUCGCAGUUUUCACAGGCUGUCAGUGAUGAUGUCACGUACCAGAACCAGUCAGAACAGCCAACCGCUGGUAAACUCUAUCAGGUAUGCCUCCUAUCUGAAAACACAACAGGAGGCACAAACACUGAGGUAUGUACCUCCGAGGAACAGGAAACCUCCGGAUCGCUCAUGUGGCAGGUAUCUUGGAUCAUUAUUGGUCAGAUGUUAACUGGUAUUGGUGGAGCACCGAUGUCACCUCUAGCCAUCACCUAUAUGGAUGACAACCUGGACCGCAACUCACUCCCAAUAUAUAUAGCUUGUUUGUCAGUAUGCUACGCCGUGGGACCAUUGGUUGGCUUCACCAUCAGCGGCUACUGUCUCUCCAUUCACGCCGACUUCCUUAAGGCGACAGUUAGCGCCCAACCAGGCGAUCCUAACUGGAUCGGCGCCUGGUGGCUAACGUAUGCAACUUUCGGUGUGCUGAUGAUUCUAGUGAGUGUGCCGAUUGCUCUGUUCCCCAAGAGGGUCCGGAGACGAAGUGGACAAGAGGGGAGACGAAGUGGACAAGAGGAGAGACGAGGGCAGGAGGAGAUAACACAGGAACAAACCGAAGUCACCAAUGGAACUGGGAUGCACAAUACGACCACACUACACAAGAGCGGCAAAACCAAAUACGCACAUGCGAUAGGUUUCUUCAAGGCAUUGUAUCGAAUAGCCACCAAUGUAUCUUACAUGGCCGUCAUACUGGGCGGAUGCUGUUACACAGUGGCCCUAAUAGGAAAUAUCGUCUUCAUGCCGAAGUAUCUGGAAACUCAGUUUUCACUGCCAGCCACCACGGCCCCCAUGAUCUUUGGUCUCACAGUAACACCUGGUUCCUUAUUGGGGUAUAUCAUUGGAGGCAUAGUGGUAACGAAGAUGAAGUUAACGAGGAAGGGCAUGGCAGGUUUUGUGGUCAUCAUCCAGCCAGUCAUCCUACUCGUUCAGGUCGUGUUCUUGUUCCUGGGAUGUGACAACCGGAAUACAGCCGGACUGACCACAGACUACCUUGUCAAUAAUACGAAUACAAGAGCGUUGCCAAAUCUUACCGUUGGGUGCAACUCUGGCUGCGCAUGCCUUUCAGAUUACACACCAGUCUGCGGCUCGGAUGGCGUGACGUAUGCAACUCCUUGUCAUGCAGGUUGCCUAGCGACGGUAGAAAGUGCCUCCACUGUAGAAGAGGGAAACAUUACGAUUUACACCAAUUGCAGUUGUGUAGGCGCAUCUCCGGAUUGGCUUGCCGAUGAUUACUAUGGGGAGACAGCGAUCGCCGGAGAGUGCCCCAAUGCAUGUAACACGCUGAUACCAUUCGUUGCGAUCGCCAUUUUAAGUUCGACAUUACACGCAGUUCUUGGCAACACAUUUUUCGUGGUCUCAGUACGGGCAGUAGACGACGAUGACCGUUCGUUAGCGAUUGGUUUGUCGUCCUUGAUGAUGCGUUUACUGGGUGUCAUCCCCUCGCCUCUUAUAUUCGGCGCAGCCAUCCAGCAAGCGUGUCUCUUACUACAGUCGUCAUGUGGGGAAACAGGUAACUGCCUCUUGUACGACAUCGUCCAUUUCAGGACUGUGUACUUCGCAUUGCCUCUUGGUCUCGAGUUCCUGGGUGCGAUUGGAUAUAUUGUAUGUUACGUAUUCCUCAAGGAGCCAAUCAAAAAUGAGGAACUACCUGCCUUGACCUCUUUAAAUAGAAACCAUGUAGGAGCAUCUGUCAGUCAAGAUGAGAACGAAGACAGCGUCGAAGACUCCGUUCUAGUUCACUACGAAACCACUGUGUAAAAGCUACUUGGACUGCAGGUGUCGAGCAACAUUAUUAUUAUACACAUAAUGAAUGUUUAUGAGUGCAAUGGUGCGAAUAUGUUCAUGAGUUGA